AUGGUAGCUACUCGGUACCCCGCUUAUAUGUCGACGCUGACAGCCUGCGGCCUCUCUCUACUCAUCUGCCUGCAGCCAAUUCCCAUACAAGCUGCUUCUAUUUGGGGGGCCAGCAUCUGGAUUGACCCUGCGCCGCCCCCGAGUGAAGGACCCCCAAUCUCUGCAUCUGCUACAAGAGAUACUGCGUUGCUCUGGAGAGAGAUAGUUGCCAUAGUCGCAGCAUACAUCGCCGUCGUGUCUCUCUUGCUAGGCUGUCUUUUGACCGUUGGCAGACGUCUCCGUCGCGGCGCACAAGAGUCCAACGGAACGCUGGAAAUGGAUCUUGUCAAACCGUCAGCAGGAAUGAUGGAAGAUUCGCCAGCUCCAGUGGAGUUCUCUACCAACAACUUGUGGCCCAGCCCGAUGAGCACCACGACCCAGAGUAAUGUCUGGCCGAGCCCGCCCAAAAACAAAGCUCGAUCCUUCAACAUGCCUUGGUCUUCUUCAAAUAGAGCUCAGUCAGCAGCAUCGAUAGCUGGGAGCGUUUCAACCGUUGACGAAAGCGUCGUUCAGGCUGACCGGGUGAAAGCACAAGAAGAAAUGGAGAGGCUGUACGCAGCUGUUAUGGAACACGAUGCAAGGAAAUCCGCUAUGUCUCAAGAGACUGCUACUACCAGGGCAACCCCCCCUUCGCCGUUGAGGUCGCCCGUCCGUCUAAAUCCGCCAGAGGGACCUCCCGAAUUCCGACAUCUAAGGCGCCAGCAGCAACCUCUCUCUCCCGUAUCUCCAUCCUCUCCUCUAUCAGCGUGUCAUCUACCAACCGUGACCGAGUUUGAACCACAGCAUCACUCAAGUCUUCCUUUCCAGGAGGACCCAGCAUCAAAGGAAUCGCCCAUCUCCCCACGAACCGAAAGAUUCUCAAGGCUCUCACAGCUUUCUUUCCUCAGCUCUAGAUCUAAGAACUCCACCUCCUCACCAAAGAAACUGCUUGGGCGCAGCUCCAUACGGGGCCUUCACAUCUCAUCCCCCAUGGGCUCACCCGAACUCAACUCUCGUGACUACCCCGAUAAACAGCCUCUCUCUCCUCGCACAUAUAACCCAGGACCUCCCCCCUUGACCCCCCAUGAACAAGCAAAACUCAACUCUCCUCAACCCAGCAUGGCCCCUCCCCCAUCAUUCCUCACCUCUCCACCCAGCAAAGAAUCACUGGAUAGUCGCAAAUUCCGCCCUACUCCUCCAUCGUUGAAUAUCAACACAGCUCACAGCACACCUCCGCUGCCGUUCCGCGUUGCUUACGACAGCCCCAUGAGCGCUCCAUCAACCAAGACCACUAUCGUUGAGCGAAGGACGAGUCUUUUACAUGGGCCACGGACGGGUGUUCCUCGCACGCCUUAUAGUCCAUAUAUGCCAUUUACCCCUAUUACCCCCUUGACGCCCAGCCAUGUUGUCACCCGCCAGGAGCGGAAGCAAAGACAGAAACGGGACGGGCCAAGGGUGUUGAUGGAGGAAGAUCUGGUUAAGAGUGACGAAGAUAUGUGGUCAUAG